AUGGCGGAGGUCUCCACGCGCAGACGGGGCCGGUCAUGGCUAGCCAUUCACAGGCGCUACCCUGCUACUGCACCACGCGGGGACUUUUGCCUGCUGGGUUUCCCCCCUGGGCCUGUUCGCCCCUCCUUAUGCGGCCACCGGGAAAGUGGCCUCGACCUGGACCCGCCUCCCUCCGGAGACCGAUCCAUAUCGGCGCCGUGCUUAACUCGGACGCCCGAUCAACAUGAACCAGCCACAAUCAGAACCCCCCAUCCAGCGGGAUCCCGACACCUGGCCUCCAAGUCGCUGGAUUACAGGCGCGCACCACCGCGCCCAGCCGUCCAAAUCACUCAUUUCUUCUUCACUAAAUAUGUGUAUAACUAA